AUGCGCGCGUCCCAGCUCUCGUUGCUGGCAUGUUCGCUCGCUACGUUCGCUCGGACCGCGUUGGCACAGACUCACACCCCCGGUUCCUUCGAGAAUGGAGGCAGCACGCUCGUCAGCGCCAUGAUGAUGUUCGUAGGCAAUGAGCAGAUCGUCUACAUCCUGGACAAGGCAGAGGGCAAUGCCGCCCAGAUCAACGGGCACCCCGCUUGGGGUGCUGCAUACAACAUCGCUGAGCGCUCCUCGACGGUGAUGCAGGUCAACACGAACGUCUUCUGCGCGUCCGGCAUGCACCUGCCCAACGGGUCCUACGCGACGUUCGGAGGGAACGCAGCUAUCGGCCCAGGUGGAUCGAUUGGCAACGUCCCGCAGCCCGGUGGUUUCGCGGGGGAGUACGACUCGGUAUACGGUGAUUGGUCAGGAUCGCAGUCGAUCCGGAUCCUCAACCCGUGCACGCCGGAUGAGUUGGACCAACCGCAGUGCCAGUGGUUCGACAACGUCACCAUCCUGGCGAUGCAGAAGCAGCGGUGGUACUCCGCGGCGGAGCCUCUGGGGGACGGUACGAUCGCGAUCAUCGGUGGAUUCGUGGAAGGAGGGUACGUGAACAGGAACUACCCAAACGUCGAUCCAGAGACCGAGGGCGGGGCGGCUGAGCCGACGGCGGAAUUUUAUCCGAGCAAAGGUCCAGCGCAGGUGAUGAACUUCAUGGUCAAGACGUCGGGUUUGAACUCGUACGCACACUCGUAUCUGAUGGCGUCGGGCAAAAUGUUUGUGCAGGCCAAUUACUCUUCGAUCCUAUGGGAACCGUUACAGAAUACGGAGGAAGAUCUCCCAGACAUGCCGGACGAUAUCAUCCGUGUCUACCCCGCGUCCGGCGCGACAGCGAUGCUCCCGCUCACACCUGCGAACAACUACACACCGACGAUCAUGUUCUGCGGCGGCAACAACAUGAGCGACUUCUGCUGGGGCAACUACUCUUGGCCGUUUUGUGACACGUUCGACAUCCCGGCGUCAGCUAAGUGCCACCAGAUCACGCCAGAACCGACGGAUGGCUCUGCGGCUCAGUACGUAGAGGAUGAUGACAUGCCCGCCCCCCGUACGAUGGGCCAGUUUAUUGCGCUCCCUAAUGGAAAGAUGUUGGUCGUCAAUGGCGGACGCAACGGCACGGCUGGAUACUCGCAGCGCACGUUGAAUGUUCCGACGUUCGGCCAGAUGCCCCUUGGGGAGUCUCUGGCUGCUGGGCCAGUGGGACUUCCCGCUCUUUACGAUCCCACAGCUCCUUCUGGUUCAAGGUGGUCCACUGCGGGAUUCUCCACUUCGAAUAUCGCCCGUCUGUACCAUUCGUCCGCGAUCCUCCUCCCCGAUGCGUCCGUGCUUAUAGCCGGGUCGAACCCGAACAUCGAUGUCAACCUCUCAACUAUAUACCCCACGACGUACCAGGCCGAGGUGUUCUACCCUUCGUACUUCUCCGCACAGACGCGUCCUGUCCCGCAGAACGUUCCGAACAACCUGUCAUAUGGUGGUAACCCAUUCGACAUUAUGAUCCCUACGACUUCGUAUUCGGGAGAUGCCAACGAUGCCGCUGACAAUACCACUGUGUGGCUCAUCCGUCCCGGUUGGACUACACACGCGAUGAACAUGGGACAACGCAGCCUCCAGCUGAACAAUACAUACACGGUCAACACGAACGGUUCCAUCAUUCUGCACGUCUCGCAGUUACCCCCGAACGCCAAUCUCUUCCAGCCCGGCCCUGCCCUCCUCUUUGUCACGAUGUCAGGCAUCCCCAGCAACGGCACGUUCGUCCUUAUCGGCACGGGCGACUUCGGCACACAGCCCCUUUCCCUAGCAUCCGUUCUGCCCGCGAGCGUGCGCCUGAACAACGUGUCGGGCAGCGCGAAUGGUGGUUCGGGGAACAGCUCGUCGUCGAGCAGCGCGAGCUCCGCGUCGCAGACGAGCGGCACGUCUCACACGGGUGCAAUUGUUGGGGGUAUCGUUGGCGCGGUCGCCCUCGUCGGGAUUCUCGGUGCGAUAUUUGGUAUUUAUAUGGCGCGGAAGCGCCGCGCAGCCGCUCAGCAGCCGGCGUCGGCGUACCAAAUGUCCACGACGCCGGGGUAUGCUGGCGGCGCGAGCGCGACAGCAAACCGUGGACUGCGCAGUUCUGACUCGAGCGCGUUUGUGCCCCUGCAGCAGGAUAAUAGAAGCACGGCGUGGGACGCGAACGUGAGUACUGCGAACCUCAACACACCGUACCACGACGACGUGCGCGGGACGGUGAGCAACGAGUUCGACCCUUACUACCAGAACGUGCCGCGCAUGAGCACGAGCACGCGGCCUGCGUUCUAG